GGGGGCACCAGUUUGCGAUGUCAAGUCGUCCCCAUGGCAGUGCCGGCUGUCAAGAAGCAAAGGCUGUCCUCCGAGGACGCAUCAGUGAAGCAUCCAGACAUUGACAAGCUCAUCCAGGCCAUGGCAGAGGUGCGAUCCAGGACGGCGGCCUGCCGCCGGCUUGCCGGGAUUGCGGAGAUCGAGAGCCAGCAGAAGUUCAUCCUGGACGCUGGGGCCGUGGCGCGCGGCGCGGCGAUGCUCCGCGGCGCGGCGGGCGCCAAAGGCGCGGCGGUGCAGCUGCUGCAGGCGCUGGGGCCCAUGGCGCGCAAGGAGUGUGUCUCCCAGCCCGGCAUUGCGCAGAUGCUGGCUGAAGUUCUGCGAGACACUCGGGUGGAAGCGGACGCCCGCCUCAGCGCCGGUGCGCUGCUGGCGGCGCUGCUCUUCGCCUUCCCGCGCCUCGCCGCCGCCGAAGGCGCCCCCUUCGCGCACCCCGCCGCGGCGCUGCUGCGGGGAGGCGACGAGCGCGGCGCGGAGGUGGGCGCUAAGGCGCUGGCAGCGCUGGCGGCGGUGCCCGCGCUGCGUUCCCAAAUCGCAGAUCUGGGCGCCGUGCCGGACCUGGCGCGCGCUCUGCUGCUGCCCCAGGCGGCGCGCUGGGCCGCCCUGGCGCUGUGCCACCUGGCGCAAGGGGAUCCGCGACUGGUUGCGCCGGCGGUGGACGCGCUGGUGGCCCUGGUGCGGCGCCAAGCGCUGGCGCUGGGCGGCGAAGAGUCGCAGUGCGCGGCGGCGGCGGCGGCGGUGGAGGCGCUGGGGCACUUGGAGCUGGCGAAGCCGGCGCUGCAGGCCUUGCAGCUGCUGGCGGAGGCGCCAGAGGCGUCUUCCGACGCGGCGGAGUAUUGUCGGGCGGCUGCCGCCAAAGUGCUCCGCAAGCACCGAGAGAAUGAGCCAGAGGCAGCGAGCGCCGCAAACCUCGCAGCAGCUGUGUGCACGCAGGCCUAUACCCAGGUUUGCGUGUUGCUCACUGCGCUGGUGCUGCUGUUCUUCGGAACGGUAGAGUGUGCAGAGUGUGAGUCCCACUGCGACUUCAAGGAUUUCGAUGCCAGCCCCAGGGAAGACGCCGAUCUUAGCUUCGAGGCGACUUCGGGGGCAGAGCUCGAAGUGCAAGACCUUGAAGGAACAGAGGGAGCACCAGAGGGCCUUAGGGAAAACCUCCGCCUAGCGGCCUGGCUGGUAUUGUUGGCGUUUUAG